AUUGCUAAGCUAACACAAAGUGCAAAGCGGUGGAUAUCGCAGGACUUGUCUUGUUCUUGUUUCCAAGCAUCGCUGGUUGAGGUUCAAGCCCCUAUAAAAAUAUGUGGAGAUAUUCAUGGUCAAUUUGCAGAUGUUCUGCGACUGUUUGGUCAAAGUGGUUUCCCUCCGAUGGUUAAUUACCUCUUUCUCGGUGACUACGUUGACCGCGGCCAUCAAAGUCUUGAAUGCAUUGCGCUGUUCUUCUGCUACAAGAUCAAAUAUCCUGAUAACUUCUUUAUUUUACGAGGAAACCAUGAAUGCGCUCCGAUUAAUCGAGUGUACGGCUUCUUUGAAGAAUGCAACAGGCGUUACAGUAGCACUCGACUUUGGCUCUCUUUUCAGGAAACGUUCGCAACUAUGCCGCUCGCAGGGCUAGUAGGUGGCAAAAUUCUUUGCAUGCAUGGUGGCUUGUCUCCUAAGUUAAAGUCUCUGGAUCAAUUACGGCAUAUCACUCGGCCCAUUGAUCCUCCAAACCCGUCGUUGCACAUGGAUCUCUUAUGGAGUGAUCCUGAUCAGCACGUUAAGGGAUGGCACGCGAACACUCGAGGAGUUUCGUACGUAUUUGGUCCAGACGUCGUGCACAAAAUGCUCCCAGUUCUAAAUAUCGAUCUAGUAGCCAGAGCACAUCAGGUCGUACAAGAUGGAUUCGAAUUUUUUGCGAAUAAGCGUCUGGUAACGAUCUUCUCAGCACCGCACUAUUGUGGGCAAUUCGAUAACGCUGCAGCCAUAAUGAAUGUCGAUGAGGCACUUGUAUGCUCAUUUCAGGUAGCACAAGCAUUGAUGAUAGACAGCUCACAUGAGAGUAAACAUAACAUAAAGGCGGGAAAAAGCAGAGAUCCCCCAACGGUUCCUUAA